AUGCCGCGCAACGCCCGUUAUGCUACCGGCAGCAUUCGCUAUUUCUUGGACCGCAUCUAUAGAAAGUUGAAUUUUCUCUGUUUGGUGUGUCAACAAAUUGAACGACAUGUUGCUCGUAUCGCCAAUCAGACGGAUGAAGAGCGUGAACGCGGAAUACGCCACGAGCCGAAUCAUGAGGACCUUGAAAUGGGCGGUUUGGGCCCCAAUUGA